AUGUCCUCGCCUCCAUCGAAACGGCAGGACCUGCAGGGAAUCCGAGGACUGGCGAUCCUUUCGGUGCUCGGUUUCCACUUCUACCCGCACCUCUUUCCGAACGGCUACCUCGGAGUCGAUCAGUGAGUCUCUCAGUUCCCCAGCAGACCUUCCGUUCUCUUCCAGAUUCUUCGUGCUCUCCGGCUUCCUCAUGUGCAUGUUGCUCACCAAAACAGAGAAGAAGCCGCCGUGUUCCGUGCUCGUGCACUUCUACUCCCGUCGCUUCAAACGCAUCCUGCCCCUUUAUCUGCUCAUCCUCCUGCUCACCGUCGUCGCCCUCUACACGGUGUUCCCCGAUUCUGCGGUGCUCCAGAAUCAGUCGUCCGCCACGAAGGCCUUGUUAUUCGUCUCGAAUCGGCCACACACUGGCGAGGAGGACUACUUCGAGAAGGUUUCCUUUCGCCCUUAUUCCCUCCCACUCAACUAUUUUCAGCUGCAACUGGCUAUCGAUCUCUUCACUCACACAUGGUCCCUUUCGGUCGAAAUACAGUUCUACUUUAUUGUUCCUGCCAUCUUCCUCGUUGGCAAUAUGCUCUCUCCCGCCUUCAAAUACGGCUAUUAUUUCAUUCUCGGUGAGUUUCCUCUUCCCUGCUCUCACUCACUCUCCCUCUCUCAUUCCAGGCUUGAUCUCUCUGGCCUUCUACCUCUCAUUACCCCCAGAAAUGUCAUUCAACAGUACGCUUGCAAGGAUAUGGCAGUUCCUCAUCGGCAUGCUCAUUUACAUGUGUGCCCCUUCUCCCGUCCAUUCGACUGCGAGCGCCUCUUACAAACGUUUGGAAUCAGUUGAGAACGGAGAAAGCGAUGCAGUCUGUCUGAUCGACAAAGACGGAUUCUCGGAGGAGGAAGAGGAGGGGGAGGCGAUAGAAGAGCGAAUCCCUUCGCCGUCCCCGCCUUCCACUUCCCUCGGUCCCUUCUCCAAACACUGUUUCCUCCUGCCGAUGGCGUUCGUUAUCACUUAUCCGAUCGAGAUGUUUCCCUCUCUUGUUCGGUAAGACUGCAACGGUCUGGAUUCGACAGAAUCCGUCGUUCAGGCCUCUGUUCACAGUGUUCACCGGCAUUCUGAUGCUCCUUUCCAUCGACGAUCCCUUCCUCAGUUAUCGUGCUCUCACCUACAUCGGAGACAUUUCUUACUCUCUUUACUUGGUGCACUGGCCGAUCUACGCAUUCGUAAAGUUAACGUUCCCUGAUAACCAAUUCGGUGAGCCUGUUUCCGAAUAUAUCCUCCUCACAACCCUCGUUUCAGCCCUAUCUGCCAGCCUUCUCACCUCUGUGCUAGUAGCCGUUAUUGUGUUCGAAACAUUUGAAAAGUGAGAUACUUUUAGGUUAAAAGGUAGAGUGACAUUACGUUUAUCCAGGUGGUAUCUGAAGUUGUCCAGUACGUCAGUCGGUGUUUUGAUCCUCGUUCUCUUCAUUGCCAACAUGGCACUCAUCAACAAAGACGUCAUUCAGGACGCACUCAUCACCGAGAAAGUUUCCACUUCGAAGUAUUCGAGACUAGAUGGCGUCACUGCGAACAUGACGUUUGGUUCGUGUUGACACUUUUCCAAAAUAAAGGCAGUUUUCAGACGACGCGAUCCGAAUGAAUGAUCGAUGGAACAAGUACGAUUUGGAGGAAAUGAUUGAGCCCGGAUGCAUCAAGAGAUCACCAAAACACACGAAUUGGUGUGAUUACGAAGUGCGCGCAAGACACAUUUGAAUCCGACGAACUUACAGUUAUUCAGGAGAAAGGAAAUGAGUUCAAAAUCGCAAUGUUCGGUAACAGUUAUACGGAAAAUCAUCACAAGAUGCUAAUUCAAGAGUGCAGACACCGAACAUAUAAUAUCACGACUGAUUCGGAGAGGGGUACGUCUUCUAGCGAUUCACACUCAAAUUUCAAUAUUCUUUGGUUUUCAGGAUGCGAACCAUUGGCCGUCCAGCCGAAUGACAAGGGUUGCGCGGCAAAACUGCCUGAAUUCGUCGAGUUCAUUGAGAGCGCUGAACCUGAUUACGCAUUCAUGUUCACAAGGUUUCCAACCAUUCUUUUGUAUCUUCUCACUUUCAUCAUCCUCUCAUCCCAGAUUCUUUGCCGUAGGGGAUCCUUUCGACAAUAACAACACGGACUUGGAAAAGGAUCGGACGUACCUGGAAAUGCGGAGUCAACUCAAUAAGUUCAUUCCGCACAUCAAAAAGAAACUGUUCAUAUUGGAUUCAUUCCCGAGAGCCAACGCAGGGUACAUUUCGAAAGUCGCUGUUGAUUUGAAGCAAGGGAAGAGUAUAGAAGAGAUCAGUGUAAGUGGGAGAAAAAUCACGAAAAAGCAGAAAGUUGGAUUGCAGAAGAAGUUGCUGGUCCCAGAUGGGUACGAGAGAGGAAGGCUCCGACAUGCCGCUCUCAUCAAAGAGUGCAAUGGAAAGUGCGAACUGAUCGAUUAUCUGCCGCUCUUCUGGAACAAUUCGACGAAGAUGCUCCAGUACUUCGAUGAACGUGGAUUCUCCUACUUCACCUCUCCCAAUCAUCUCUCUGCCCAUGGAAUCGAAUUAGUUCGGCCAAUUUACACCAAGAUUUGUGCAAAUCUAUCAUGA